UCCUGUCAGAUGUUGGGACCAGGCCACCACUGUGCAUUUCCUUACAUGUACUAGGGCGCCCGUUUGUUAGGUAUUGUAGAACUUUCAACAACUCAUUUCCAUUUGUUCAGAUUCUAUUUUGUCCAAGUAGCAAGGAGGAACUCUAACUGUGGUUCUUUAGGUUUACAGAGAGGUCUUUCUUUAACAUAUGACAUGACUUUUUAUGGACCUUUGUUUCUUCUUCUGGCUUUGUCCUACAACAGAGCUACAGGAGUACACCUACGGAAUAUGGACAGCUUCAUCCGUGCUGUGCAGCAGGUUGAAGAUUCCAAUCCAGAUCUGUCUGCUCUUGCUCUGGUCAGGGGAUUACGGAGGACCGCCGGCCACGAUGACGCAAUGACUGUCUAUUAUUUGGGUGCUUCAAAUAAUAUUAGUAAUGCUGAGGGUCUAGAGACAGCUAUUCUUAAUGCCUCGUCUUUCAGCUUUUUUGAUAAGGCCACCCACCACAUUGUGACAGACCAUGGAGACGAGAGAGGGGUUGUUCUCACCCCAGAUGGCACCACAGUAGCCCUGGCACCAUUACUCCUUGGAAUUGAAAUGGGUCUGAAAGUCAGAAUAGAAGGGGCACCCGCUGAUGGGAUAUUCCCUCUUACCUUAGGAAGAUCACUAGGCUUGACUUUCCUCAGCCUUCAGGGCAUCCCACCAUCUCAACGGCUGGGGCCAGAUGGAUGCUGGGAUAGCGUACUCUAUCCAAAGGUUUUUAAGCUAUCUUGGGCUCCUACUCUGGCCACUGAUGCUGUUAUCCACGGGGGCAUGGAUGGUGUCAUACUAGGCAUGAACCUCAUGAAUUUGUCUAUGUCUGAACCCUCACAGACACUCAGUGAGAUUUUAAAAGGAUACUACCUUUAUAUCCUGCAAGAGGCACAGAGUCUGGAUGACAUGCCCAACGUUGUCAGUGCAAGGCGAAGAGAGAUUUCAAGAUCCAUUCUGGAACCUCUUGAUCUUCACAGUCAGGUGAUGGAGACACUAGCAUUGGUCUGGAAGUUGGAGAAGACAGAAUGGUUCGCAUUAGAUACUGGAGUAACAAAGGCUGUUAAGGAUGGUCUGCAAGCUUUUGUACACAAGUACUGGGACUGUCCUCAUAUCAUCUCUCGCUGUCACUGGGGAGCAAAGCCCUACCAAGGAAUACGUGAGCCACUAUCUCUACCGCUUCAGUUUCUCUACGUUCACCACACCUACCAGCCGUCCUCACCCUGUUUGUCCUUCCCAAGCUGCUCUCGUGACAUGAGGGCCAUGCAACGCUUCCACCAGGAUGUCCGUGGCUGGGAUGACAUUGCCUACAGCUUUGUCAUUGGUUCUGAUGGUUACGUCUAUGAAGGCAUAGGUUGGAAUUACCGUGGUACACACACCAGGGGCCGAAACUCAGUUGGGUUUGGCGUGUCCAUCAUCGGUAACUACACCGCCACCCUGCCGUCUCGCCAUUCCAUGAAUCUGCUGCGCCAUCGUCUUGUCCAGUGUGGCAUUAAUGGAGGAAAACUGGCAGCCAACUUCACCUUUCACGGGCACAGACAGGUGGUGAACUACACUGCCUGUCCAGGAGACGCACUGUUUUCAGAAAUCAGCAGCUGGGAGCACUUCAAGGAAUAGCACAACCCCACACUCAACUGGGGGCCAACAUGGACAACUGUUAAAUUCUUUCAUACAGUAAUACAUUUGAGCAUAUGCCUUGCUUGAUUUCUUCAUGUUGGAUGGAGGAGUUUAAUGCCUUCACCAAUGAGGAGAAAGGGAAAGUUUGUUGCCUUGUUUGUUUCUUUGUGUACACCCCAACUAA